GCAUACUCACAUGGGCAAAUUCUGUGGUCCACCUCGUUUUGAUUGUUAAAGUACAGACUGAAUCCGUCAUCUCUGCAAACAUGUCGAAAGAUUUUAGGUUGUUGGUUAAAAACGCGAAACAAGUAGUUCUUGUUUGUGCUAAUGGUGAAAAAUUCCUAACUGUAAAAGAAAUGCAGAAUAUAGCAGUGAUUGAAAAUGCAAGUUUGGUCAUCGGAAACUUGGCGCGGAACUAGAAGCAUUGGCUAUCAGUCAUCUUGAGGAAGUGACUGACAAUGGAAUUGCUGCCAUGGCCAGAGCCAAAUCAUCAGCUAUCCUCUUACCAACCACUGCCUACAUUCUAAGACUUAAGCAACCCCGAGCAAGAGAUAUGCUAGACGCUGGAGUUAUUGUUGCACUGGGGAGUGACUUCAAUCCUAAUGCCUACUGCUGCUCCAUGCCCAUGGUCAUGCAUUUGGCCUGUGUCAACAUGAAGAUGUCCAUGAAGGAGGCAUUAGCAGCGGCCACCAUCAAUGCUGCCUAUUCUUUGGGAAAAUCCCACACCCAUGGUUCACUUGAGGUGAACAAAUGGGAACACCUGAUUUAUCAGUUUGGAGGUCAUCAAGAGCUUAUUCAAUUUGUAAUUGUUAAAGGAAAGGUUGUGUAUGAAAAUGACAGAACUGUGGACUACUGAGCCUUAGCUACAGCCUGUGCACAUUCACGUGCGCAGUACAAAUAUACACAAAGCAAGGAACAUUGAUUAUAUCAGUGAUAACCUGCAGGAUGCAUUCUUAAGCUCUUGUUGUUUCUUUUUAAGUUUUACUUUAAACAUGUUUAUUAAGACAAUGACUAUGGCCAUUCUCAAUAAAUUCAGCACUGAACAUAUAUACUAUCUAUUCAGUAUAACUGUAAAAAAAAACAGUAUCUAUACCCAUCCCCCAACCUUGAAAUCUGCUUGCCACUACAUAACUCUGGUAGCCAAAUAAACAUUGUUUUAAGUAGCUGGUGUCUUUCCAUGCCUGGUACACGCUAGUCAGCUUGAGUUUGCCAUGUCAGCCAUGUCAACUUGAGUUUUGUUUUCUUAGCCUGCUAAAUUGACUUUCCAAAGCAGUUUACAAAGGGCAAAAGGUUAGGUAUACAGCAAAUGCAGUUUGAAGUUCAAAGACACAUUUUUUGGAAUACAUUUAGUUUCUGUCAAAUAAUAGGCAAGCACUAAUGCAGGUAAAGCAGACAGUGGGUUGUCACUGUGCUUACUGAGCUUACUUUACAAUAACAUUUUACAAUAAAAGUUUUCAAACCAGCUGGUAGUAGAUGAAAAGCAAUGCCUUUCCACAGCCUCGAUACUUGAUUACAUUUGAGUCUUCUUAGUUUUAACUUUUUUAUAAUAAAUAAAUCAUUUUAAAACAAAGUUCCUUUUUUUUUUUUUUGGUUGGUUAUAUGUUAUCGGUUAUUCUAGGAACUGCUUCAGAGAAAUUUAUACUACUGCAUUGCUCAGCAUUUUAUGAAAGAGUGGAUCAUAUGAAGGAAAAAAUGUACAAGCAGAUUCAUUUUUGUGUUCAGAAUUGUAAUCCUGGUUAGGCUUUUUCAGGUGCUACUGGACACUGUAAGCUGGAGGAAGCUGGAACAGUGCUGCUGGGAAAUGUAUGCAAAGUGUAACCCAAUGCAUAUACUGACUCUAUACACAAGACAAACAGCCACACACUGUCAAGGAAAUGUACAUGCAAGUUCUUAUCAUUAAGAAAGCUCUGUGAAGCUCUGCAGCCUGUGAAUGUUCGUUCCACUUGUUUUUACAUUUAGAAACAAAAAAUUAAAAACAGGAAACCUUUUUUAAUUUUCUGUUUUCGAGGACAGAACUUCAAAAAAAUAUGUAUUUCUAAUAUUUAACUAGCCAAUGUCUAUUUUAUAUUUGUAUCCUCAAUGGCUAAUGAUUUUCCUUUGUUCUUUAUUUCAAAAUGAAACGUGGACCCUGUCACAUGCUUUGUAUAGUUAAAUAUUAACUAUACAUUUUUUUUAAUGGUUACAUACUAUGCAAUGGGUUACGUUCACAAAGCCAUAUACUGCAGUGUCAUUAGCACCAUUCUGGGAGGAGAAAACACCACUGAAUGAACUGAAUUUGAAUAGAAUAAGAGUAAUUUAAUCCAAAGGCUCAUAGUGAUUCUAAAGUUUUAAUUUCAAGUUUUGUCACAUUACAGGGUGUUUUUCUCUUUCAAAAAAUGGUGCUGAUGCCACAUUGUAGUAAAACAACACAAUCUCAGCAUAUUUACAUUUGCAUCAGUAGCACUGAACCCUAACUAACGAUUGGGCUAAUUUCCAGACUGUUUCAUCCCUGUGUCUGCUGUUAACAGGCUUAAAUAUUGACACAUCUUAUCUUUUCUAUUUUUACAGUUGGUUGGUUCUCAAAAUAAAUGUGUAUAUCUAUCUGUUAUAUUUACUAAAAAAUAUCUUUCACUAAAACUAGCCCCUUCUGUUUUACGAAUGAUGUAAAUGUUUGACCAGACUGUAUAUUUUAUGGAAAGAUAACUGAAUGGAAACCCAUGAAGUGCACUGACUUUCUGUUGUUCACAGACAGGGAGUCAGUGCAAAAUGGAGUGACUUGAGACACAGGUUUGGAAAAGAAAGACCCUAAACUAAAGAACACACCUAAUUAUCAUUAGACAAGUGCAAUAAUUACUGAAAACUGCCAUUUAACAGCACGGCACCACGCAAAUUGUCUGUU